AUGCUUCUCAUGUUAGAAGAAAAUGAUAAGCUUAAUAGUCCAGAUGAUUAUGAUCAGAUGGUACGUGCUGAAAUACCAAUUCCAAAUGAAGAGCCUGAAUUGUAUGGUGCCGUGUUAAGGAAUAUGAUACAUGGUCCAUGUGGAAUACACAAUUCACGAUCACCCUGUAUGAAACGUGGUAGUUGUAAACGAAAUUAUCCUAAGCCAUUUGCACCAACUACAGUUCAAGGAAAUGAUUCUUAUCCAGUCUAUCGUAGAAGAGACAAUCAUAAUCCAGUCCCAUUAGAUCAAAAUGCACGUAUAAUGGUGGAUAAUCGGUGGGUCAUUCCGUAUAACUCAUGGUUACUCCUCAGAUAUGAUUGUCAUAUUAAUGUUGAGAUUUGUUGCAGCAUUAAGAGUGUUAAGUAUCUGUACAAAUAUGUUUAUAAAGGUCCUGACCAAGUAGCUUUUGAAGUCCAUCCUGAACCUAUUCAAGAUGAAAUAAAGCAGUUUGUUGAUGCAAGAUGGGUUUGUGCACCUGAAGCUUUAUGGAGAAUAUUCAAAUUUGUAACUAAUCGACUUUAUCCAUCGGUGGAACGAUUACAAAUUCAUCUCCCUGAAGGACAAACUGUUCAUUUUUACCCUCACCAAAGAGUAUCAGAUAUUUUAGCAGAUGACACAAACUCGAUGACUAUGUUGACAGAGUUUUUUACCAAGAAUACCACUUGCCCGGAAGCACGACGAUACUUAUACCGGGAGUUCCCUGAACGGUUCAGAUGGAGUCAAAGAGAUAAAGUCUGGAGUGAGAGGAUGAAUAACCAUAAAGUUAUUGGCCGAAUAUAUGCAGUUUCGCCAAAUGAGGGUGAAAAAUUCUACUUACGCAUCCUUCUUAAUCAUGUUAGAGGACCAACAUCAUUUGACGAUUUAAGAACAGUCAAUGACAUUGUACAACCAACAUUUAAAAAGGCAGUGGAACAACGAGGUUUGCUAGAAGAUGAUGAUAGCAUCACACAAUGUCUUCGUGAGGCCUCUAACAUUCGAAUGCCGCCAGCUUUACGAAGGUUGUUUGUUACCAUCUUGGUUUACUGUGAACCGCAUGGAGUAAGAAGAUUGUGGGAUGAAUUUCAUUCAUUUAUGGUAGAAGAUUAUUCUGUCUCAAGUACCAUAAAUAAUACUUCUAUCUUAAACAAGCUUUUGCAAGACUUGAAUGGGCUAUUAGUGCAACAUAGUAAGUCUGUAUCUGAUUACGAUCUACCACAAAUAACACAAGAUUGUGUUAGACACAACACACUUCCAAGGAUAAUACAAGAUGAAGUUUCACUUGACAUCUCUGAAGCAGACCUCAAUGCGGUACAAAAUCUAAAUGAAGACCAAAUGGUAGCGUAUAAUUCGAUUGUGUCUGCUAUUGAACGUCGAGACAAUGCCAUAUUUUUUGUGGAUGGUGCUGGAGGGACGGGAAAGACAUACUUAUAUUGUGCUUUGCUAGCAACGUUAAGGAGCAAAGGUCAUAUUAUUCUGGCAACAGCAACAUCUGGAAUUGCAGCAACCAUAUUGCCAGGCGGAAGGACAGCACACUCUAGAUUUAAAAUUCCCCUCAGUCCAGAUGCAUCUUCCACGUGUUCUAUUAGUAUCCAGUCAGAUUUGGCAGAAUUGAUAAGAAAAACAUCAGCUAUUGUUUGGGAUGAAGCACCAAUGGCACACAGGUUUGCAUUUGAGACACUCGAUCGAACGUUCAAAGAUAUAAUAGGUGUUGACCUGCCAUUUGGAGGAAAGGUCAUGAUUUUUGGAGGAGAUUUUCGACAAGUUCUUCCAGUUGUUCCAAAAGGUACAAGGUCUGAAUUGAUGCAAGCAAGUAUGAUUAAUGCUUCAUUUUGGGGACAUGUGAAAAUCAUUCGUCUUAGGCACAACAUGAGAUCCAUCAAUGAUCAAGAUUUUUCAGAGUUCUUACUUCAUGUCGGCAAUGGGGAACAAGAAACUAUGAUAGACGACAUGAUGCAAUUACCAUCAUCUAUGGUCAUUCCAUGGAAUGGUGAAGAAUCCAUUGUCCAAUUUGUUAAUGAAGUUUUCCCUGAUUUGGAAUGUCAUGUAUGUGAUUCAAGAUACUUGGUGGAAAGGGCAAUUAUAACUCCAAAAAAUGAGGAUGCUGACAAGCUUAAUAAAAUGAUCAUCGAUAAAUUUCCAGGGACUGAACAUAUCUUAUACUCUUUCGAUUCAGUUGAGGACGAUGUGAGAAAUUUGUAUCAACAAGAGUUCUUGAAUUCAAUCUCACCUGGUGGAAUGCCCCCUCAUCAGUUAACUUUGAAAAAAGGUGCCCCAAUAAUGCUUUUGAGAAAUAUCGAUCCGAAGAUGGGGUUGUGCAAUGGUACAAGACUGGCUUGCCAUGGAGCUUACAAUAAUCUAAUUGAUGCCGAAAUCUUAUCUGGACAAUUUGCUGGAACUAGAGUAUUUUUACCAAGAAUCUCUUUAAAGACCACAGAAAGCGCUGGACUCCCAUUUGAAAUGAUAAGAAAACAGUUUCCAGUGAAAUUGAGUUUUGCACUAACCAUAAAUAAAUCACAAGGGCAGACAAUACCAAAUGUGGGUAUUUAUCUACCAGAUCACGUAUUCAGUCAUGGACAAUUGUACGUGGCUUUAUCAAGAGGAGUAUCAGCGUCUACAACAAAAGUCUUGGUAAAGAAAGGAGAAUUACACGGUCAUGAAGGAGUCUUCACAAAGAAUGUUGUGUACAAAGAUAUUUUGCUUCCCUCGAAUUCAACAUAA